AUGAGUGAGUUUCAUCGGAGUUUCACCGUUCAUUAUUUGCUCUUGCUUUUUCCUGCCCAGGUGCUCGUCGCGAUAAUAAACAACAUCAUUACUUUUGUUCCUCUGUUGGUGGUGACUUAUAUUUUCCGCAACUCUCGUCUUCGCGAUAGUCAUGAAAGAUUUUUACGCGAAACGGUUGAAGACCAUUUGGAUGAAGCACUUGAUUUCAGUGCGGGUAACGUCACGGAAACUCAGGACGCGAUGGAAGAAUGGAGCUGGACUGAACAAGCGCCUCCAAGCUUAAAGAGUAGCAAAAAUCGACAGUUUCGAUCCUUCCCCUGGCAAAUGCGCAUUCUUGCCUGGAUCCUACUCAUUCUAUCGCUGUGCGUCGCAGUCGUCUUCACAACUUUCUACGGUGUGAGCUUCGGAGAUGCAGCAUGCCAGAAAUGGCUCACCUCGUUGUUCCUUUCUUUCUUCGCCAGUGUAAUACUGGUACAACCAUUCAAGGUCAUAGCAAUGGCCAUGUUUGUGUCAUUCGCUUGCAAAGAUGUCAAUAGAGUGGGUGAUAUCGAAGCCGUGGGAGAGGAAUACGCUUUGAUCCGUUACCUAGGGAGAAGAUACCAACGGAGGAUGGAUGAGAAAUAUCGUCAUGGAGACUUCCUGAAGAGAAACUACGCGCCACACAAACUGGCCAUCCAGACACCAAGUUCGGAAGAGCUGGAACGCGCCCGGGAUUACAGGAUCAAACAUCGACGUGCCCGCGACAUCAUCCGCGAAAUAUUUUUCUACCUUCUCUUUCUGAUCGUUUUACAUGUGGUCACACUGAGUUUCCGGGAUCCUUAUGGCUUUCAUCUGAAAAGUAACAUCGAACGUACUUUCUUCAAGGAUUCGUUCGACAAAGUAAGUAACGCUGAAUCGGAAAUUGUGUCGUACAAACCAGUUUUUAGACAGGACACCGGUUGCCAAGCAAUCCCCGUUACCGAUGGAACAAUGUUUCUUACUGCGGUAGGGCGCGUCAUGCAGUUUACAGAUCGUACUGCGGCAUAA